GCACAAAUGUGGGGAGUUGUGUUAUUUUGAUGGUUGAGAGACCUAUGCCCGAAAUGCCAUGUAGAUUCCAAAGGAUGUACAUAUCCUUGGCAGCAAUGAAAAAUGGCUUCAAGGAUGGGUGUAGGCCUGUGAUAGGCCUUGAUGCGUGUUUCUUGAAGGGGGUUUACAAGGGGCAGUUAAUGGCAGCUAUUGGAAGGGAUGCCAAUAAUAACAUGUAUCCAAUAUCCAUGGCAGUUGUAGAGGCAGAGACCAAGGAUAGCUGGUCAUGGUUUCUUGAGGCACUAUUGGCUGAUCUUCGCCCCAGUGGUGUACGUAGAUGGACUUUUAUUUCAGAUAGACAAAAGGGUCUUGUACCAAGUCUUAUGGAGGUGUGCCCUAACGCUGAGCAUCGGAUAUGUGUGCGGCACUUGUACGCCAAUUUUCGGAACGACGGUCACCGGGGGGUGUUACUAAAGGACUUGCUGUGGAGAGCUGCUGCAUCUUACACACAGAAUGAGUUCUAUGCUGUAAUGGAAGAGCUUAAGGGCCUUAAUCUGCCAACCUAUGAGUACCUUUCGAAGGUUGACCCUGCAACUUGGUGUAGGGGAUGGUUCAACACAUAUGCAAAGUGUGACCUCUUACACAACAAUUUGGCCGAGUGCUUCAAUUCUUGGAUCACCAAGUUCAGAGAUAAGACCAUACUGGUAAUGUUGGAAGGCAUUAGGACAAGUUUGAUGAGAAGGUACCAGCGGAAAAGAGAAAUUAUAGCUGCGAUGGAAGGCAAUGUUGGGCCAAAAAUUAAGGAGAAGUUGGAGAUAGAAGAAGAUGAGGCCGGACAUUGUACACCAACAUUUGCUGGUGAUGGUUUAUUUGAGGUCGAGUGCAGGGGUAGAAGGUAUGCUGUGAAUUUACCUGCCAAGACAUGUGGGUGCAGAAAGUGGGAUGUUUCUGGUAUCCCAUGUGCUCAUGCCAUCUCAUCAAUAUGGCAUGGUGGAGGCAACCCUGAGGAUUAUCUGAGCCCAUACUUUGGCAAGGAGAUGUACCUAAAGGCAUACACACCCAUCAUCUACCCUGUACCCAGUGAGGAGCAGUGGGCUAGGACAAAUCAACCCAUCAUUGAACCACCUAAGGCAAUGGCAUCUUCGGGAAGACCUAAAAAACUGAGGAACAGAGGGGCUGAUGAGACCUUAAAUCCCUACACAGUUAGAAAGGGUGGUACGAAGAACCAAUGUAGGAUGUGCAAAAAAUAUGGUCACAAUACUAGAACAUGCACUGCGAGGAUGCGACAUGAUGAAAGACAAGAACGUAGGCGGAAUUUCUAUAGAAAACAUGCAGCAGAUCUUGACUGCAAUCUUGACAGGUUGGAUGGUUCAUCCAGUGCCCCAUCUGUGGCCCAAUCUACUGCAUCAAUGCCAAGUGCCCCAUCCAGUGCCACAUCCAGCGCUCCAUGUGUUGGUAAUCCUACUCACCCAACAGGAAGUAGGGGGCAAAAGAGGAGAAGAGAAGAUGGUUCAAGCAGUGUGUCUGGACAAGGUCAGGGAAGGGGUGCAAGCAGUGCAUCUACACAAAGUCGAGGUCAAAGGAGCACAAGAGGAAGGGGUGCAAGCAGUGAAGGGGAAGGACAAGGUCAGGGUGAAGGCAUUGCAACUGCACAAGGUAGAGGGCAAAAUACGACAAGAGGAAGGGGUGAAAGCAGUACAACUACUGCACAAGGUCGAGGUCAAAGGAGCACAAGAGGAAGGGGUGCAAGCAGUCAGGGUGAAGGCAUUGCUACUGCACAAGGUAGGGGGCAAAAGAGCAAUCUCGGGUUGGCCACCAGGACAAGAAUAUCUGGCAGGUUGAGAACUUCUGUUUUACAAACAGGAAUGCACAAGAGCAAAGGAAAACUCCUUGUCGAUCUCACUGGAAACCCUACUGGACCACCGAAAGUUCCAGGGGGUGGACCAGCAUGCUCAUGGGGUCCUCCCAAAAGUGCAACUGGUAUCACUUUUAGAGUUGCUCCCCCUGAUUUCGACAUGCACAAUUUGGUUGCUGCAUCCACUGUCAUUCCUCAACCAGAAGUACAAGGAGUUGCAAAGAAGAAUGACAAAGGGAAGAAAAAAGAUGUGGAGAGUCUGAACAUGGUUUAUUAUUAUGUUGACAUAUGUUAAAGUGUGAUGAUAGUUAUGUUAUGUUAUGUUAUGUUAAAGUUUGAUGA